AUGGUUGGAGGAGAUGACAAUGUCAAGACCUCUCUUAUCAACGCAUAUCAUCCGGCCUUGAACGUCACCAACAUUGGGAGUCUUAUACCGUUGGUUCUUGAUGGUGACAAAGUCCAGUUUUCUCCAUGGGCUACGUUGUUCCGAAAUACCGCUAAGGUAUACCCUAUCCUCGAUCACAUUGAUUCCACGGUCAGUCGACCACCGGACGUCGAGGAUGGGUUGUGGGACCGUCUUGAUGUUGUGGUCCUUCAAUGGAUAUACGGGACUAUUCACACCGAUCUUUUGUACCGAAUUCUUGAUGAAAAGGCCACGUCUAUGGUGGCUUGGGGUAAAUUACGUGACCUUUUUCAAGAUAAUGAGGGUACUCGAGUUGUUCAUCUGGAAAACCAAUUUGGUAUGAUCAAAUUGGAGAAUUGUUCUUCUUUGGCAGAUAAUUGUCAACGCUUGAAGGCUAUUUCUGAUCAAUUAACGGCGUUGGGUCAUCCGAUUUCGGAGGAACGCUUAGUUCUCCAAUUGGCCGGUAAAUUGACGUCGGAUUACGCCAUGGUUGCAACCUUAAUUCAACAAGCUUCCCCUCUGCCUUCUUUCUCCGUCCAAAGCAUGCUCCAUGCCUGA